AUGCUAUUUCCUCUUUUUUUUGUAAUGAAUAUGGCGAAGAAUCUGGCGGACAUUGCGCCGAUUUCUAUUGUCGGAAACAUUUUGCUUCUCGCAGCUGGAGGUAUUGGAAUCGUUUACGCGUUAAAGGACGGGAUUGGCGAUGCAUGGACUAUGAUCGGACCGAAUAUAAACUUAUAUCCGAAAUUUAUUGGUGUAGUUUUUUUUAGUAUGUGUUCACCCGGCGUGAUAUUGGCGAUAGAGCAUAGCAUGAAAAAGCCUUGGAAUUACGUUAAAUUUUGUGGAAUAUUAAAUUGGGGUAUGGGAUUUUUGGUUUUAAUACAUAUUUUUGUUGGAUCUAUUGGUUAUUUAAAAUGGGGACCAGAUGCGCUCGGCAAUUUUAUCCGUAAUCACGAGGAACAUGAUGGACCGACGAUCGUGGCAUUGAUAAUGCAAGCAUUGGCAAUAUACUUUACGUAUGGACUGCAGUGUUAUAUGCCCAUCACAAUUUUGAAGUACGGCUAUGCCAUACCAGCCAUCGAGGAUGGUACCUGCAAAGGAACACCAUUUCUUUGGGAUCUGAUUAUUCGUUUUGGCAUCACACUCGUUACGUGCAUUCUGGCAGCGGCGAUUCCGAAGCUUGAUCUGUUCACCGCCUUAGUCGGCGCGAUAUGCAUAUCCACUUUGGCCACAUUAAUCCCGGUCACUUUAUACAUUCUCGUACAUUACGAGGAUUUCGGAAAGUUCAAAUGGAGAUUGAUCUUGGGUGUCUUUAUGUUUUCUGUCGCUUUUAUCGCGGCGAUUUGUGCCGUCACGACCAAUCUCACCUUAAUCGUGGAGUUUCUUAUAUAUGGAGACUAAAGUUAC